UGAGCAAGGGGGGGACUUGGAGAUGUCUGAGAGGGUUUAAUAAACUCUGGAGGGCUCGAGGCUGCUUCCCUCCUCUAAUUUUGAGUGGUUCCGUCCAACCUCCCCGUGGCUUCACCGCCAUCUUGAGGCGCGGCGUAGACGUUUAACAAGAUGGCGGCACCUAAGCAUCAAUCCCGGUGGUAUUUUGAAGGAAUUUUUACUGCAAAUCGCUGUCAAACCGGGCGAGACGGAUCCGCCACAACCGUGUAACCCUCGUCACCGAUUUAAACCCACGGGGAAUGGGGAGAACGGCGGAAAUGCCGGGGUUUAUAAUGCGCAGUGGGCGCCGCCAUGUUGUACGGCAGGAGGAGUCUGAGGCGAACUUCCGGUUCCGGUGGGGGAGCGGCCCCUCAGCGGUGGCGGAGCGGGGGCUCCCCCCAUCCCAAACACCCCAAAAAUUUCCAAAAAAUUCCCAAAAAAAUGGAUUGAGGCCCCUCCCCCCCCUUGGAUGGACCCCUGGAAUUUGGGGGGAUCCCAAAAUGGGGGAUUCGGAAAAUCCCGGGAAUCCCCCCAAGGAGGAGGAGGAGGACGAGGAAGAGGAGGAGGAAGAGCUGGACCCCCGGAUCCAGGAGGAGCUGGAGCACCUGAACGAGGCCAACGCUGAAAUCAACCGGGGGGAGCUGGAGCUGGAUGCCGCGCGCUGCCGCUACCGCCGGGCGCUGUCGGAGUCGGCGCGGCGCCUGAACGCGCAGGGCUCCCAGCUGGGCUCCUGCAUCGACCGCGCCCGGCCCUACUACGAGGCGCGCCGCAGGGCCAAGGAGGCGCAGCAGGAGACGCAGCGGGCGGCGCUGCGCUACGAGCGCGCCGUGGGCAUGCACAACGCGGCGCGCGAGAUGGUCUUCGUGGCCGAGCAGGGCAUGGGCACCGGCAAGAACCGCCUGGACCCCACCUGGCAGGAGAUGCUCAACCACGCCACCAGGAAGGUGAACGAGGCGGAGCAGGAGCGGCUCUGGAGCGAGCGGGAGCACCAGCGCGUGACGCGGCUGUGCCAGGAGGCCGAGGCCGAGGUGCAGCGGCUGCAGAAAUCGCUGCGGCGCGACAUCGCCCGCAGCCGGCCCUACUUCGAGCUCAAGGCCCAGUUCAACCAGCGCCUCGAGGAGCACAAAUCCCGGGUGAACUCCCUGGAAUCCGCCGUUGUCCCAGGCCAAGCUGCGCUACGCGGUGGCGCUGCGGAACCUGGAGCAGAUCAGCGAGGAGAUCCACGCCCGCCGCUUCCAGAGGAUCCUGCGGAGGAAAAAAACUCCGGGAAAACCCCCUGGGCGCCGAGGGCGGCACCGGCAACCCCGAAAUCCCCGGGAUUCCCAGGGAAAACCUCGGAAUUCCCGGAGAAAACCGCGGAAUUCCCGGAGAAAACCCCCAAAAUUCGUGGAGAAAACCACGGAAUUCCUGGAGAAAACCUCGGAAUUCCCGGAGAAAAUUACAGAAUUCCUGGAGAAAUCCCUGGAAUUCCGAGAGAAAAUGCCAAAAUCUGUGGAGAAAAUCCCCGGAAUUCCGAGAGAAAACCGCAGAAUUCCUGGUGAAAUCCCUGGAAUUCCGAGAGAAAAUCACAGAAUUCCCAGAGAAAUCCCUGGAAUUCCAAGAGAAAAUAAUGGAAUUCCUGAAGAAAUCCCUGGAAUUCCAAGAGAAAACUCUGAAGUUCACGGAAUUCCCGGAGAAAUUCCUGGAAUUCCA